AUGCUAGAAGAAAGCGGGCAAUGGCGGAAGAAAGCGAGCAAUACCGGAAGAAAGUGGGCAAUGGCGGAAGAAAGCGGGCAAUGCUGGAAGAAACGGGCAAUGGCAGAAGAAACGGGCAAUGGCAGAAGAAAGCGGGCAAUGCUAGAAGAAAGCGGGCAAUGGCAGAAGAAAGCGGGCAAUGCUAGAAGAAAGCGGGCAAUGCUAGAAGAAAGCGGGCAAUGGCAGAAGAAAGCGGGCAAUGGCAGAAGAAAGCGGGCAAUGGCAGAAGAAAGCGGGCAAUGCCGGAAGAAAACGAGCAAUGGCGGAAGAAAGUGGGCAAUGCCAAAAAAAAGUGGGCAAUGCCGGAAAAAAGUGGGCAAUGCCGGAAAAAAAGUGGGCAAUGCCGGAAAAAAGUGGGCAAUGGCGGAAAAAAGUGGGCAAUGCCGGAAAAAAGUGGGCAAUGCCGGAAAAAAGUGGGCAAUGCCGGAAGAAAGUGGGCAAUGCCGGAAAAAAGUGGGCAAUGCCGGAAGAAAGUGGGCAAUGCCGGAAGAAAGUGGGCAAUGCCGGAAGAAAGUGGGCAAUGGCGGAAGAAAACGGGCAAUGGCGGAAGAAAACGGGCAAUGGCGGAAGAAAACGGGCAAUGGCGGAAGAAAACGGGCAAUGGCGGAAGAAAACGGGCAAUGGCGGAAGAAAGCGGGCAAUGGCGGAAGAAAGCGGGCAAUGGCGGAAGAAAGCGGGCAAUGGCGGAAGAAAGCGGGCAAUGGCGGAAGAAAGCGGGCAAUGGCGGAAGAAAGCGGGCAAUGCCGGAAGAAAGCGGGCAAUGCCGGAAGAAAGCGGGCAAUGCCGGAAGAAAGCGGGCAAUGCCGGAAGAAAGCGGGCAAUGCCGGAAGAAAGCGGGCAAUGCCGGAAGAAAGCGGGCAAUGCCGGAAGAAAGCGGGCAAUGCCGGAAGAAAGCGGGCAAUGCCGGAAGAAAGCGGGCAAUGCCGGAAGAAAGCGGGCAAUGCCGGAAGAAAGCGGGCAAUGCCGGGACAAUGGUAA